AUGGAGCUGCAAGCAUGGGGAACAAAACAGACCAUCUUUACAUCCCAGCAACUGGACGCAUAUCAGGACUGCACUUAUUUCACCAGAAAAGAGAUUCUGAGACUGUUUCAUCGAUACCGUGAUUUAGCUCCGCAGCUCGUGCCGCUGGACUACAAAAACCAACCGGAAGUGCGUUUGCCCUACGAGCUGAUUGGCAGCAUGCCGGAGCUGAAGGACAACCCGUUCAGGCAGAGGAUCGCUGAGGUUUUUUCAGAGGAUGGAGAAGGAAACAUGACUUUGGACGACUUUCUGGACAUGUUUUCAGUGCUGAGUGAAAUGGCACCACGUGACCUGAAGGCAUAUUACGCUUUUAAAAUCUACGACUUCAACAACGAUGACUUCAUCUGUAAAUCAGAUCUGGAGAAAACCUUAAAUAAACUGACUCGUAACGAGCUGACCGAGGAUGAGGUGAGGAUGGUGUGUGAGAAGGUGAUUGAUGAAGCUGAUCUGGACAAUGAUGGCCGUCUGUCUCUGGAGGAUUUCCAGCACAUGAUCAUGAGAGCGCCUGACUUCCUCAGCACCUUCCACAUCAGGAUAUGAAAAUCACCUGGACACUAAAGUAAAAAAGUAAAGCUUUUUUUUUUUUUGGAUGGCCGACAGCAAAUCCAACCCCUGAAAAUAAUGCAUCUGUCAAUAUUAAACACACACACAAAUCCAUCUCUUAAAAGAACCUUAUUUUAAUAAAUCAAAAGUACAGAUAUCUACAAAAACUGUAGAUCAGUUUUUCAACGUUUUAGAAAGUACAGUACAAUUUAAGUAGAUCUCCUUUUAGAGUUAUUUACAAUUGUUUCUUUUUUUUAUACCAAAAUGUAAUUUACCGAUCUCCCCAGUUCCCUCACAAUCGACAAAUGAAAACCUGGUCAUAUAAAAACAAUCUGUAAAUGAUAUGGAUGAGUCGUUUCAAAUUAAGAAAUACGAGAAAGACAAACUAAACAGCAAUAACUGAGAUCGACAGACGUACGCAUCACUGCAAAGCCGUUUGUUAAGACAGAAAGCGGUACCUGUUUGCUAAUGUUCUUUUCCACAAAUUAAAUACAAAUGUUUUGCCAGCUGUCUGUUAUAUUGUUUUUGCAUUUUAUUUCAUCACUUUAAAACACCCUAAGGCCAGAUUAAAUUUCGUCUGAGGUCCGUUUACAUGUUUUAAACAGCAGACUGUCCUCUAAAGCUCAGAACAGACAACCAGACCAAGGCUUUAAUGUACAGGACAUCUAUAGAAAAUAAUAAACACACACAAACAGAUAAAACAUACAGGAGGUCAACAGUAUCACCUUCAUGAUGCAUAGAUCCAAAAUGAAAGAUCAAGUAUUUGUUAUUAAGACAAACGGCAAGUGAGGGACAUUAUUGGACAGGGAGCGAAGAGAGAUGCUGUGGGUGCAGAUGAAGAUGGGUUACACCGACAUACAGCUUCUAACGCAAAUAUGAACCCAAAACAGCAUCUCCUUGAGGUGGAAAGAGAACAAGGUGCAAACAGGAAGUCAUUUCAAGUUGAUCAACAAUUAAGCUUGGAAAGAGAAAAGGAAAGUGGCCAUUUUUAAGAUGCGCCAUAUUGCAGAAAGAAGAGAAUUUAAUGCACUUCUGCCUCGAAAACAGUCAAACACUGUGCUUCUUAGCCUUUUAAUCUCUUAAAAACACUUUCAGGUCACAUUUCACCCCAAAUCAUAUGGAGUAUAUAUAGAUUUUAUUUUUUGUUACAUUUUCAAUGACAGUUAACUUCCGGAAUUCUCAUUAUGUAAAAAAUAAAAUAAUCUAAUUCAGUGAUUUUUUUUUUUUUUUUUUUUCUAAAGCUGGUACAACACACACUGUCCUGAUAUGCAAGCAGUUUUAUUUUAUGUAUAUACUUAAUUUUUGUGUGGAAACACGUUUGUCAUGAAAACAACACGAUGCAAAAUGAACUGGUUUUUGGGCUGAAAUCUGACCUGAAUGUGUUCUUGUCAGGUUUUGUGAGAUUCACUUAUUUGGAUUAGUUUUUUUGUUUUCUCACUCAAAUCUAAUGGGUGCUGAAGCUUCUGGUAAAGUUUCCUGACCUAUUGCUGGUGAACACAACUGCACCAACUGACAUGUUACGUUUUACAAUAUGUCUACAAAAUGUACAUUUGCGUAUACUGCGGUGCAAAGGAAAAACGUCACAAUUUCUCAAAAUAAAGGUUUCUUGUGACUCAGCUGAUCAGUGUGAAAACUCACAUCCAACUGCGGUUUGCUUUUGAAGGGCAGUACAACUCUCUAGCAUUGCAUUUCUUGCAUGUGCUUAUGAUAACACGCUAUUCAAAACUCAGGAAUGGUGGAUUACUGUAUUCUGGGUAGAUAAUCCUAGUCACAUGAACCAAAUCUGUUUGCUUUUACACUCUGCAACCCAAACUAAUUAAGACUGACAUGCUAUAGGACUGUAAUUCAGACGCUACACGUACAGUCCAUUCAGAAUACAUGAGAAAUAUGAACAAAUUAACAAAACACAACUGACAGAAGAACUGCACCAAUAGCAGCCAAUGCAUAAAACCAGCUCUGGCUUACUAUCAGGAUAAGUGAUAGGACUAAUUCAAGACUUGUAGAAAUGUUCCUUGAAAAUGUUUUCGGGAAUCUCGAAAUGAACAUGAAUUCGGCAGGUCACACUCCAUGUAACCGUGUAAAAACGCCUGUCUUUAUGAUGCAAAACUAUCACUUGGCACAAACUACACACAACACAAAAGAUACUGAUAAAGUGCAUGGACUUCUGUAUACGCGAGGUGCUUUCUCAAGUACAGCUCUGCUCUUCAGGUUACACAGUCGCCCUCUCUCAUUGCUUUUGGUUACGCAUAUUUGUUAAUACUACAGACUCAGGAUUUCCUAUCACUUUCUAUCAAGGGCUGUGUGUCAGUUUCAUGUGAUUACACUAGUCAAUUCAAGUGUUUUUAAUUAAAGAACGCUUUCAUGUUGGGCCGUUUUCAGGUCGUAAUAAAGCAAGACCUAAAUUUAUUCGAAGGAUGUUAAAACGAAAGCUAUAGCGCUACUGCAUAAAAAACUGAUCUAUUUGGAAAUAGCUUUGUGUGCAUGUUAAAAAAAAAAAAAGCGAGGUUAGUUUUAACGAGGCAGCAAACAUGUCUUGAUGUAUAAAAAGCAGGAUCUUCCUUCGUUUAAUAUGAAACCUUGACUGCGAACGCAACACUUUUGCGUAACAGGUCUGAAAA